CCGGGCUGGGGGCGGGCGGCGCCGGGGCGCGGCUGUCCCGCUCUCUCCCCGCCCGUGGAGCCGGCUGGCGGCGCGGGGCCGGGAAGCAGGAGGCGGGGAGGUGGCGGCUCCCGGCGGGGCGGGUGCCUCCUUCGGCCCUCACUCGGUUCAAGGAUUAUGUUGUGCUAGGUGGGAGGAGUGUUCUUCAUCAGUGACUUGGACUGUUUGAAGCAUUUUUAUGUGCACAGGAAUUAAGAUGGAUGAAAUGUUUCAUUGGUCAUAGCAGCAGCAGCAGGACGAAUAAGGAACAUUGUCGUAACUGUUAAAGGGCGUAAUGCAGAAUCCGUUAACAGUUUCUGCAGGUGGUGUUUUUUUGCAUGCUAAUCCUGCAGAGAAACAUUGUGUCCAACAAAGUAUGCUGGGUCAGCAAAAGCAAGAAACUUGUGCUGGAAAGACAGUAUCCACAGAUAAACAGAAGUCCCCUUCGGAUAUAAUACAAAGUUUUCAGAAGAAAAGUCAGUUUAGGACCAUUGCUCCAAAAAUGGUACCAAAAAUUUUAACAUCCGGAGUGGUUUCUUGCCUUCAGUCAUCUUUGCCUGAGCCAAUGACAGCAAUUUCAGCUUCAGGUCCCAAGCCCCUGGUGGUGCCAGCUCAGAACUAUGCUGUCAUGCAGGUGGCUGCUCACAAGGGCACGUUUUCCCUGCUGGCUGUGCCGUGUGUUGCGCCUGCCCUAACACAGCAAGUUCAGCAGUCAACUGUGGCCCCCUCUGAAAACCUAAAGCUGCCCAUCCCCAGGUACCAAUCUGUAAGGAAUAAAUUGCUGAGUGACAGAAAACCAGCACAAAUCUCUGGUCUGAGUGCAUGUCACAAGAUUCCUACCAAAGCCCUGAUCUCAUCACAGACUUCCCCUAUGACUACUCCACCUGAAGAGUGUCCUGAAGCUCAUUCUAGUUCAGAUUCAGCUGAGCAAGUGAUGAUAGCGGCCUGUGACUCAGCUGAAAUUGGAGUUGCCACAUUACUGAAUAAAGGCAAUCGUGUGGAAUCUAGAUCUCUUGUAAUGAACAAAACUAAAAUUGCUAGCGAUAAUAUCUCUGGACCAUCUGUAGUUGAAGAUUCUCCAUCAAAGCCAGCAAGUACAACUAAUCCCAUGAAACUAAGUCUACAUUCUGUGAAGACAGCAUCAGAAACCCCAAGAGAGUCACUCCUGACAUCUGAGAAACUAAAGGAAAAACCCACAAAUUCUACAAGUCCUGUUGCUGUUUUGUCAUCAGCGGUUUUUGGCAAUACAAUUCAGAUGGCUCCAUCAGCACCAAAAGGACAACUUCCUAUUUUGCCUUACUCCAGAAUGAAAAAUUCAGUGUUCUGUAAAUCUAAGCAGAAUAUUAAUGUUAUGGACAUAGCUGGUCAUUCGCUAAAAUCUGAAUGUGAAAAGAUACCAUGUUUGAAAACCAAAGCCUUUGAUAAGCAGUUAGGGGUAUCAUUUACACAAGUUCCCAAACAAUCCAUUCGAGAAAAUACCUUCUCUCCACCCAGCAAAGAGGAUGAUGUCGACAGUCUUAAAAAAUUGAGCAGUGCAACCCCUAAAAGAAGAGGCAGGAAAAAAAGAGCCCCAGAAGAUUUAUUGGCUUUUCAGGCCAAGCGAAGGAAAUGCAUCAUUAAUAAGUUUAGAGAAGGAAGAGAGAGGGCAAAGGUUGAUAUUCAGACACCUGAAGACAAUAAAGCAGAAGCAGUGAAAAAAUACCGCAGUAUCAGACCAAAACCAGUGGUGGUUGUGCAGGCGUUCGCACCGCUGACUCCUGCAGCAGUCGUAGAGACGCCGUCUCGCGAGCAGGACUUAAUUUUAAAUGGUUCACUCACCAAUAAGUAUGUAAGCUCCAAGCACAGUGACGCUACAUCAGCUAAAUCAAGUGAUCUGAGCAGAAAUACAUGUUCAGCCGUCCCGAAGGCGCUGCACAGAUGCCAUGUUUGUAACCAUACGUUCCAGUUCAAGCACCAUCUCCAGGACCACAUGAACACGCACACGAGCAGGCGGCCCUACAGCUGCAGGAUCUGCAGGAAGGCAUAUAUCCAUUCUGGGAGCCUGAGCACACAUAUGAAGCUUCAUCACAACGAAGGCAAAUCCAAAAAGCUGGUGUGCUGUGAAUUCUGUGCUAAAGUUUUUGGCCAUGCAAAAGUGUACUUUGGCCACCUCAGAGAAGUCCACAGGGUUGUUAUCAGCACAGAGCCCUACACUAGCGAGCAACUGGUGCAAGACACUUUAAAGAAGAGAGACAGGAAUGUAAAAGAGGCAGAAGCUGCAGAGAGGGGAAAUAAGUGCAAUUUUGAGGACCUGUUCCAUAACCCGGGAGGAGUGAAAUUACAGGUCAAAUGUGGUCGAUGCCAGUUUAUUGCAGAGUCUUUUGGUGAAAUGAAGUUUCACUUAUUGUGCUGUCAUGGAGAAGAGAUUCAGGGAAGAGUGAAGGAAGGGGUUUUGCAAGGAAGCAGAGGAACAAAGGGGAAACUGGUCAAACACACAACCCACGUGUGGAAACAGCACAGUGAGAGAAGACAUUUAGCAAAGUGCAGUGCCCAUCAGGAGGAGCUGUAUAAUGUUCCAAAACCAAAGAGACAGAUGUACUUCCACCAUCAAAAUAAUGCCAAUAAUGUACCUAAAAGUGAACCAAGCCAGUCAGGAAGUAGUGAAGCCUCUAAGGAGAUGCAAAAUGUGGGGUUUGGCCCACAAAGAAAAAAAAUAGAAUUUUGGUCAAAAGCAGGCUAUAACUGCAUUUUAUGCAAACAGUUAUUUGGAAGAAAAGAGGAUCUUUGUAAUCAUUGGCAGACUCAUCAUAAUUGUGAAGACCCUUCCACUUUAUGGACAAUUUUUACUUUGGUAUCAAAACAAGGAAUUAUUGAACUUUCUGAUAAUGGUGAAUAUUGAAGCUCAACUCUACAAUGCUCUGAAAAACAUUAACUACCUUACCAAGUUGUUCUUUCACUGUCUUGCUAAACUAACUCAGCAGAUGUAUCAUUAAAAGGUUUAUUAGUUGGGUUUGUUGGGGAUUUUUUAAAAAGCCAUAUUAACCCUUAUUUUGGUGACUAGAAAAUGUGUUUAUUCUGUAUCAUUCCAGAUGGGUACAUGGAAGCUGAUUAUGAAUCCUUGUACUUAAAAUUCAUGCUUAAGGAGCUUUAUAACAGCAAAUACUCAAUACUAAUUAUUAACCUCAAUGAAAUAUAUUUGCAAGUUAAAUUAUACUGUACACACAGAAAUAAAUUUAUAUGAAGAAAUCUUAGUCUUAAAUGCAAUUAAAAACCUGACUGGAAGUCAGGUCCCAAUUGUGCUCCCAGAUUUUGUGGUAAAUGCAUAUUUCCAUGCAGUUCUCUCCAUCACUUAAUUGUGCAUACAUGCAGCUAGCACUCAGGAGCUUUAUAGUCUAUAACUUAAGAACUUCUGAUUCUUGUUUUCUUGAUUUCAGUGUCUUCAAAAAUGUUCAUUGCUUGCAGGUGUUUUUGGUGCUCUUUUCUGUCCUGGUAACAGCAAAGAUAUUUGUAUUUUAGGAGUAAAAACCUCACAUGUAUUUUUUUAUGCCUGUACCUUUUUGGGUUGAAGAUUUGUUGCCGCCCAUUGAGAUGGAGCCCAGCACAUCUCCAAGGGGGCAGGUCCUGUAAGAGGGUGGAGUUCUGGAGCUUGGUUUUGGUGAAAAGGUCAUUGAAACCGUUGAAUCCAAUUUGAAAUUGAUGUUUAAACUGCUUAAAGCCUUAUGUUCCUCUGAAUUAUUUCGGGAGCAAUAAUGGAGGCAAGUCUAAGAAAUCACCACAUCAUUCUCCAGCAGAAGUCAGAGCACAUCAGAGGACAAGAAAAAUACAGCAGUAGUGUCCCUACAGUACCACUUUAUUCAUUCCUUCUUGUGGUCAGCUGUAAUUGAGGGAUUGCAGUGAUAAAAGAGUCAUGCCUAAAAUGGCCUGGGUUGCUUCUCACUGUUUUGCAAAAAUUAUGGUCAUGAAAACAUGAGAAGAGGUCUAAAAGUGUUGAGCUUUCUGAGUGGGAUUCCACAAGCUGUUGCAAUAUUUUGUGUAUGUGUUUUGUUUUUAACAGUAAAGGCAGUUUUGAUGACCUAAUAGUUUUGAAUGUGAUUUCUUGUGGUGUGGUGCUUUGCCCUGAAGUUGAACUGUAAGGUAGGAAUCAAGAAUAACAAAAGACAAAAAGACAAUGCCCAUAGAACUGUAUUUUCCCAUGGAUUUUCAAAACUUUCAAAUAUGUUGCUAUAAAUUCAGAUUUGUAGCUGUUUCUUUGCUUUCAUACAUUGGGAUUUUUAUGCUGAAU